CUAGCUCGUCCACCGGCUACUCCUACCAAGGUGGGACCACCAGGUGGUAUGAGAACUGUUGAAAGCGCAGCUCCACCUGGUAGUAGGGACCGUGUGAGGCAAGAAGCUGCUCCAAUUCUGCAGUCCUCGCAGUCGAAGCAGCUAGAGCUCGACUCGAAGCAGCUUCUGCCACCACCGUUGUCAGCUCAGCUACAAGAGAAAUGCACGCAGCCAGUGGAGCCCGGACCAUGCAAACACUUCGUAGAUCGAUGGUUCUUCAAUACCGAAGAUGGCACAUGCCAUCCUUUCAAGUAUGGCGGAUGUGCCGGAAAUCGCAAUCACUUCUUCACUCAAAACGAAUGCGAAAUACACUGUGCUCGUUUCUUGCAUUACGGUCGUCGUCGUCCAUCUUCACCUCACUUCCUCAGUUCUAUUUAUGUUCAAAGCACGCUUCCAUACUACCGCUUUUGCUUCAAACGCUUCGCAUGCUGUAUCUAUACUUGA